AUGCAGAAUCAAAUGAGUGAUGUCAUUCAUUGGAAUGAGGAUUGUGACGCUAUAAAUAUUAAUGAUAUUGAAAAAUUGGUUAAAACAGUAUUAAGUGUCCACUAAAAACAAAAUAAUUUUUUCAAUUUCUCGAGGUAUAAUUCUUUUAUAUUUUAUCAGAUAAUUGAAUCAGUAUGGAUUCCUAAAAUAAAGAGUUGGAAAAAACAUUUAUACUUUUAAGCAUGUUCACUUCAACAAAACUAACAAGUAAUUAAAAAAAAUUUUAUUAGAGGGAAUUCUCAUUAAUAUCGUUAGUUCCCAUAAAAUUUAAUCCUUUUAAAUAUAUCAAAAGGAAUUUGA